AACUCCCAAGAAGAAACAUGAAGGCUUUCUCCAGCAAGAGAUUUGUACUUGUCAUCUGUGUUUGUCUUAUUCUGAAUGGUAACAUCGCUUCCGCAGUAAGUGUUUUUUAAAUUAUAGAUCAUAUUGGCAACGAGUUUUACUUGUAGCAAUCAUCAUCAUCGAGUUUUAAACAAAUCAUCAAAUGAAAUCAUCAAAUCAAAAAAUCAUCAAAUCAAAUCAUCAAAUCAAAAAAUCAUCAAAUCAAAUCAUCAAAUCAAAAAAUCAUCAAAUCAUCAUCAUCGAGUUUUUGCAAACGCUUGCAGUUUGAGCUUGAAUGCCUCCUGUGACAAUUACGAGACUGCCAACUCUCAUCAACUAUCAUGCAGUCUUCGUUCGACCGGGGCUUCGUCAAAAAGCAACUGACGCGAUGGCAAAGAAAAAUUUUACGCCUUUAACCUUUGAGACAAUAAAGUAUAUAAAUAAACUUGUCAUUUCAAACAUGUAAUGUGUCAGUCUCUCCUCCGCAGAGGCUUGUGAGAGGUAGUUAGUGUAAAGAUGCUUUUCACAUAUUAAGAAUAUGAAGCCGGAGUAGUCAACGACAAUCUGCCGUUGCCGGUAAUGGCGUUGCCUCGCUCAACCAUGAAGUUUUGAUGAACUCCCUAAACCUCUAUGGCUGUACACGGGCGACAAACCUUUGGAAAAUAAGACAACAAAAUGGACUGCUUUAGUAUGUAAAACUGUAAUUUAAAAUAAAUCUUUUGACUAAGAAAAGGAAUAUAUAAGUUGACAAAGAUUCGUUGACCUUUUCGAAGAGUCUUCGCUCGUAAGUUCAAGACUUCAAGUGUCCCCACAUUUGAGUGUUUACACGUUUUUAUUUUAAAUUGUAGUGGUUAGGGGCUAUAGGAGCUGUAGCCGGUGGUGUUGGUGCAGUUUUAGUGGCGCCUGCUGCGCCGAUUUACGGCGGUUUUUGCUUUGCUUUGCCCGGUACGCCUAUGAUGAACACCCCUACUUAAUUUUUAUUUACCGCUGAAGUAGAGGUGAACUUAAUUAAUUUGUAAAAAGGUAAAGUGCCUCGCAUGGGAUUUCGAGUCCCAUUUGCACUCAUGCCGUUUGAUAUGUCUUGUUUUACUGUCCAAUAAAAUUCACAAUAAUGAACCUUGUGUGAAACUAUCCGUAUUCUGGCUGGAUAGCAAUAACUGACUAUCCGGUUUAAACCGAUUCUUUGUGAAAUCAACAUUUUACUCAUGUAAGCUGUUGUGGUGACAAAGAUGGCGGUACUGGAGCGAAAGAAAGCGAAAGUAUACAAACAACGCAGUCAGCCAAGAAGCGCUAGGAACGAGAAUGAUGAUACGUUUAAAACCAAUUGCACCAAUUGUAAAAGAGAACGUGUCAAGUUUUUUGCAGAAAUGCUUCACCAAGAAUACACCCUUCCAGAAAGUACGUCACUUUGGUUAUAGAGCCGCCUCGUUUUCGUGUAUGUGACAUUAGUUCAAGCCUAAUGCCCCAAUCACGAAAACGAGGCUCUAUAGCUCACGUGACGUAUUUUCUGGAAGGGUGUAUUGCGUUUGAAUAUGCGUGGAACAGUCAUUUUGCAUACAAACACAUUUUGCAGUGUUUCAGUCGAGGAAGUGAAACAGGCAGCGUUUUGAAUUGUAAAGAAGAAAAGCGAUUAACUCGAACUCACAAGAAGAAACAUGUGGUUUUCAUUGAAUCAUGGUCCUCUGGGUUUUGGAUUCGACAUUCCCGUAGUAAGUGUUUCUAAAACUACAAAUAUUGGCAGCGAGUUUUACUUGUUGUAGCAAUUAAUAAAAGUGCGUCACUGCAUGUACUACCAAUACGGCCAAAACGCUUGCAGUUUGCAUACUAUCAUGAAACGUUUCAAGACUAUGCAUUCAUCUGAUUAAACCUCGGCCCAUAUACUCUGUGUGUCAGUUUUGAUCGGUUCAAUGUUAUUGUUCAUUUUUAAAUACAUUUUAUGGAAACUGUCCAUUGAAUAACUUCAAAACUUGCUUGGGUAGUAAUUUGUCAGUAACAUUACUAACACUUUACCUUAUACUGAGUUGGUACUGGUCGCCAAGUUAAUAUAAAGGUAAAGUGUUUUAAAUUGCUCUCUUGGGGACGAGGAUGAAAGAAUCUGAAUGAAUGAGGUACGGCCAAAACGCUUACAAUUUGCACACUAUGAAACGUUUCAAGACUAUGCAUGGACUGCUAUAUCUGUCUUCUUAAGUCCCGCUUGAAACGUCUAUUAAGUACAUAUUAGUUUUAUAAUAACAAAAGAGUGCUUCCUUCGACAAACUUCUUCAAUCUGUUGCCGGAGCGUUGCCGUGGUCACGAGCCGUGAAAAUUAUGUACAUGACUAACAGUUUGAACACGACGGCGUACUAGAUUGCUGAGGGUGCAAAUUAUAGUAGCCUUUAUCUUAGAGUUACUGUCGCGUUGCCGUUGUAUUUGACAAGCCCUUUGUUGCAAGGCAAUAAGAACAAAAUGGAAUAAUGAUUUAAUAUACUUAAUAUGUUAAAACUGUAAUUCAAAAUAAAUCUUUUGACUAAGUAAAAGAAUAUAUAAUAUGUUGACGAAGACUCUUGUCUAUAUAUAUAGCCGCGUCUCCGCAGAGGUCGCGUCUUGCGUUGCGCUGAUUUUCUCGAAGGAUCUUUGCUCGUAAAGUUCAAGCUAGUGUCCCAUAUUUGAGUGUUUACACUUUUUCAUUUUCCAGACACCCCGGACUGUAGGUGGAGCUUUAGUUGGUGGUGUUGUAACAGCUGCAGCGGCCCCUGUUAUCUUGGGAGUAGCUGGUUUUACUGGGGCUGGCAUAACAGCAGGUUCGCUUGGAGCAUUCAUGAUGUCUGCAUUGGCACCGACUGCCGUUGGUGGUCUUGUAGCAACUCUUCAAUCUGUUGGUGCAGCAGGAUUGGGUUAUGGAGGGUAUCUUGUAGCAGGAAUUGCUGGAGCUGUCGUCACCGGAGGGACCGUCGGCGCUAUUUGCGAAAAUUCAAAUUCAAAAAGAAAUUGAUGAUAUUAG